AUGCAAGUACUAGCAUCUCUCAUAUUUGUAUGCUAUUAUGCAGUCGUAGGAGAGAAAUUACCACUCGUCAAAGGCAGCGCUGAAAAAAUUGAAAAUUUACCUUUUCAAGCGCAAAUAACAAAAAACGAGUAUCCGAUUUGCGGUGGCACACUCGUGAGCAGUCUGCACGUACUUACGGCGGCGCACUGCGUGUACGACAUAGUGCAACGCUUCCCGCAUGUUUAUUUUAAAAAUAUUCGAGUCCUCGUCGGAUCGAGCUUUCACGGACAGGGCUGGUCUUACGGCGUGCGUCGCGUAUCGCAUCACCGAGAUUACGUAGACGCGCGCAUAAAUACGCCGUAUUUCAUUCCCAAUGACGUAGCUGUUAUACAGCUCGCUCGUCCGGUAGCGUUUGGUCCGACGGUGCAGCCAAUAAACCUGCCCGCGGUGGCCUACAGCGAGGUAGCCGACGGCACGCCCGUAAUCGUCUCUGGCUUCGGGAGCAGUCGGUAUCGAGCUCGUCCCUCGAUGGUUUUGAAACAAAUGUUGACGUACGUAAUGCCUCGUGACGCGUGUCAAGCGCGUUACCGCAAAAUAAUCUUAAGUAGCCACCUUUGCACGCAUCGUAUUCCGAUAAACAGAGCAGCUGAAUUCUACGACGGUACAUGCUCGGGAGACAGUGGUGGACCCCUCGUGACAGCGGAUAAGAAAGUCAUUAUCGGUAUCGUUUCCGGAGGCUACGGUGGCUGCGAGUCUUCGUAUCCAAAUGUAUUUGCAAAAGUUUCCCAUUACUUACAAUAUAUUCGUUCUGAAAUGGGUUAUUAUACGCAACACCCUUACUGGAGAAGUAUACACCCAAGUGUUGGAGAUAUGACAGCCAACUGA